AUGGAGGGAAGUAAUAAUAUUGAUCAACAAGAAGAAGCUAUCAUCUGUGACCAAGAAGAUAGCAACAGCCCUUCAAUGCCUUCCAGCCCCCACACCACAAUGCCAUUGCCACCCCCAAGCCCAGAGUCCCCAUGGACCCUCUCCCCUCUCCAAACCCCAUCCCCUUCGCUUCUUUACCACUGCAUUGCCUCGCUGCAUCGCCGCGAAGGCAUCAUCUACUCCAUUGCCAUUUCAAGGCAGCAGGGGCUAGUCUUCACCGGCUCCAAGAGCACCCGAAUUCGCGUAUGGAGGCAGCCGGACUACAUAGAAUACGGUUGCAUCAAGGCAACUUCAGGUGAAGUAAGAAGCACUUUGGCUUAUGGUGACAUUCUUUUCACCACACACAAGGAUCACAAAAUCAGAAUAUGGAACUUCAAAGUCCCAGACAAUUUCAGGUCCAAAAAGGUCUCCUCCAUCCCCAAAAAAAGCUCAUUUUCUUUGUUUUCAAAAACCAACACCCAAAAACACAAAGAAUGUGUUUCCUGCUUGGCAUAUUAUCAUGCAGAAGGCCUGCUAUACACUGGCUCAUUUGACAAAACAGUCAAAGCCUGGAGGGUCUUAACCAAAAACUGUGUGGAUUCAUUUGUGGCACAUGAACACAAUGUCAACGCAAUUUUGGUGAAGCAAGAUGAUGGCUGCGUUUUCACUUGCUCCUCAGAUGGGUCAGUGAAGAUUUGGAGAAUGGUAUUUAGUGAAAACUCUCACACUCUCAUCAUGACUCUGAAUUUCCAAAACUACCCUAUAUAUACAUUGGCCCUAAGCACUUCAUCAUUCAACUCCAAUUGUUUCCUUUACUCUGGUUCUUCAGAUGGAACAAUUAAUUUCUGGGAGAAGGAGAAAAUAACCUAUAGAUUUAACCAUGGUGGGUUUUUACAGGGUCACAAUUUUGCAGUGCUCUGCCUAGUGGCUGUGGAGAGGUUUAUAUUUAGUGGGUCAGAGGAUACAACCAUUAGGGUUUGGAGGAGAGAGGAAGGGAGCUGUUUCCAUGAGUGUUUGGCUGUGCUGAAUGGGCACAGAGGGCCUGUGAGGUGUUUGGCUGCUUGUUUGGAGAUGGACAAAGUUGUGAAGGGGUUUCUGGUUUAUAGUGCAAGUUUGGACCAGAGUUUUAAGGUUUGGAAGGUCAAGGUGUCACCAGAAGAGAAGAUGGGGUUCAGUUAUAUGAAGAGGAGUUUUUCCAGGACUAAGGUUAGGGAUUAUGAGACUAGCCCUGUGUUGUCUCCUUCAUGGGUUGAGAGGAAGCUGCUUCAAAGGUAAAAUUUUCUCUAGCAGAUGUAUCAUAAAAAUAAUAAUUUCUCCCUGAGAGCUUAUUUAAUUUUUGUAGCCACAACCUUUUUAUUUCCUUGAACUAUAAAAAUGUCAAU